AUGGAGGUGGGUGAUAAUCUAUAUCAGGCACUUCUGCACCUCCGACAAGACAUCACCAAACAGAAACGUACCCUUUGGAUCGACGCCCUCUGUAUUGACCAGGCAAAUCUUCAAGAGCGAGGCGAGCAAGUGAAGCUGAUGGGAGCGAUCUUUAAGCAAGCCAAGCUUGUGAUUGGCUGGCUCGGGGCUGCAAGUGAAACUACUGAUCUAGCUUUUGACUCUAUUGAAGAAAUCUGUUUUGCUUUGAAGGCUAAGACGUGGGAGUAUUUAACCCAGCAUUGUCAGAUGUCACCUGAGGACAUUACUGAAAAGAACAUGGACCAGAUACUAUUCCCAAGAACUAGAGACUCCAGCAGGCAGCGAAUCUUUCAUAAGGGUCCUCUCAUGGUUUCAGAUAGUGAUCAAAACCGAUACCAUAUGGGGAUACUGCUGCGCUUCACCAAAGGCAAUGUAUAUGAUGGAGCCAUGCCGUCAUCGACGCACGUAGAAACGAUUUGGACUACUGGAGGUGCUCUGGCAAAGGCCAUUCUUUCGCACGACCAUUCAUUCUCAGACUCGAUGGAAUACUCUGACCGACUCAAGGCGCUGCGCGCAGUAUUCAGGCGAAGCUUUUGGAAAAGGCUAUGGAUACACAAUGAGAUGCAGACCGCUUCGAAGCUUCAUUUGAUGUGUGGUCGCAGAUACUUGCCCAUCGAGUGGUUAUGGCCAUUACUCCUAGACCGUGUGGCGCACUGGGGCCGCGACAUUGCUUCGAAUUCUCUUCUUGGCAUGAGCAAGCAAUUCACCGAGCCAAUCUGCCAUGCGAUAAAUCCUGGACUCGAAGCUUUGAGAGCACAUAACAUGCCGAGGUUACCGAUAUUAGGUCAACAAUUGAUUCGUUCAUCCGGCAAGCUCUGCACAGAUCCUCGUGAUUACGUGUUUGCAAAUAUCAGUACAUCGAGACCUAUUGAUAUAAAGGUGGAUUAUGCGAAAGAUACACGUGUCGUUUACAUUAAUGCCACACGAGCAAUCAUAAGCCAGCAGCAGAGUAUAAGCAUCAUUGGCCUCAGCUCCACCAAAGCCGUCAACAAAGACAUGGCAGAAACUCGUCUCAGUCUUCCCUCUUGGGUACCACACUUCGAGGAGGCUCUGGACGAACCUAGACUGUACUCCUCAUACGACAUAGCUCAGCAGCUCUACAGUGCCGGCGGCCCGUUGCAUACCUCUGUAAAUGCAAAUUGUGACGAUUCCCACGAUCGUCUUUUUGUCAGUGGCACAUUUCUUGGGGAGAUCCAAGCGUUACAACAGCUUGGCGAUCUUCCCAUGGAGCAUCCCAUCUUAGCAAUUGGAAUAGUCUGUGCACUCCAGAAACCUCAACAGACAGAAGAGACCGAAUCACAAGCUAUAUCGAACGACGAGUUCUUUCAGAGGGUAAAGACGCUCUUUGCAGACCAAUUCCCAGACAGCGCCCACUAUGGCCGCCGAAUCUCACAAAACAAGAGUGCUUAUGAAACCUUCGAAAGGGCUUCGAAAUCAAUCAUUAAGGCAUUCCUGGAAGAUGCCCCUAAGGAGAAUAGUCUAAAUCCUACUUUCCCCGGCCUGCCUGGUGCAUUCGGUACGCAUCUGAUGCUCACGGCGAACAACAAAGCCUUUUGCAUCACUAACCGCAAUAUGUUCGCUCUUGCGGACUCCGGAACUGAGAUAGGUGAUCGCGUUUUCGUCGCGAGGGGCUCAUAUCAUCCUUUCAUCGUUCGUCCAGCGAUGGGAGUUGAGCUAUCAGACGACGUGAGUUUUGGGGAAAAGGCCAAUGAUUCCAACGAUAGCGGUACAGAACUUUAUGAGCUUGUGAGUAGCGCGUACGUGCACGGUAUCAUGGAUGGAGAAGUCAUACAGAUGAUCCAAGAAGGGAAGAUUCAGGAGGAGGAAAUCUGCUUUGUCUGA